CGGAAUGUCGCGUGCGUUAUCGGUCCUGAACUGUUAAUCGGAAAACUAUUUUCAUUUUGAUCGUGAUAUAACCUAGAUAGCGUGAGAUUGUUCAGUGUAUUUUGGAAAGAGAUCGUUAAACAUUCAAGAAUGAGGGUCAAACGGAAGUUUGGUAGCAAGAUGUAUGAAAGCUCUUGCUCAUAUCAGACGGCCCUAGAUCUGAAACGGGCAGCAUCUCCCCUGUUGACUCACCAGGUAAAGUCGGAGGACUGCCUUGGGUUGACACAGUGCGCCACCGACUGGGGUUCCUACCGCUUCCAUCAGUCCACAUUCGAACAGUUGAAGCAAAGCGUAGAGAAGGCAAAAGCGGCGCUGCAGGAUCGAACUGCUUUCCUCGGCAGCUCUAGUGCUUUUAGUGACAUAUACUCAUCCCCUCGACUAACGGAAUCGCUGGAGAAUGUGAUAUCACACAGUAGUACUAACAAUAAUAAUACCGAUAGUAGCAAUAGUAACAAUAAUGCCAGUGGUACAACAAGUAACAGUAUUAACAACUCGAGUAACAGUGCAAAUGGUGGUGGUGGUAGUGGCGGAAACAGCGGUACAAGUGGUAGUGGUUCCAGUAGUGCCAUCAGUGUGAUUAAUGCGACCUCCCUCGUCUCGCCGAGCAACCUGCUGGUGGGCAACGGGCUCACGUCCCAACGGCAUCGGAGUGAUUUAUUGGGGACAGGUAAUCUGAAUCUUGUUUCGUCAACACAAUCACCGACCAGCACCUCGACACCGUCGUCCAUACUGUCGCAGAAUCUGGAAUCACCGUCGCUGGAUGUAAAAUCCAGACAAGAUUCAUCGUAUAAAUCAUCAUGGGGUUCGCACAGUUCAUCGCAAAGUCAAGGCUACAGUUCAAAUCCGCUGAGCAGCGUGAGCGUCGGGAAAUCUUCAUUAGAUGCACAUUCACACUUUAGACAGCCAGAUCCAUAUCAAAUGUUUGGUCCCACCAGUAGUAGAUUAGCAAGCUCAGGUUCAGGACAAAUUCAGCUGUGGCAAUUCCUGCUGGAAUUACUAAGCGAUUCCGCUAACGCCGCUUGUAUCACGUGGGAAGGAACCAAUGGCGAGUUUAAGUUGACCGAUCCGGACGAAGUGGCGAGACGCUGGGGCGAGCGAAAGUCCAAGCCAAACAUGAACUACGACAAGCUGAGCCGGGCUCUGAGAUAUUACUACGAUAAGAACAUCAUGACCAAGGUGCACGGUAAGCGUUACGCAUACAAAUUCGACUUCCAGGGACUGGCCGCGGCGACGCAACCGCAGACGGAUCCGACCUACAAGUACCAGAGCGAUCUGUUCAUGUCGCCGUACCAUCACGGAGCCAAACUGAGCUCGUUCAUGAGCCCACACCACAGCAUGACAUCAUCCUCCGCCUCCAUCUUUCCAUCGGCCGCCUCCUGGGGCAACUGGGGCAGCCCGGCAACGAACCUGUACCCGUCGCACACGAUGUCCCAUGUAACCCCGUCCCACGUUGCGCCCCAUCUCGGCUCGUACCCACACUACGCAUGACCGUCACCUACUACGACCACCUCCGCACAUCACCAUCACCACUCCCAGGUCGACAACUUUGACAUUUACAAAAAGCUGUCUCCGUACGAAUAAUAGCAACAGCAUCAGCCCCACGUCGAAAGUGCGUGCGAACAGCUCUACCGGCGCAAUCUAGAUAAAUGUAUUUUAGACCAUCUAAGCAAAUGUCUCAACUUUUAAAUUCCCAACAAGAAAAAAAGCAAAAGAUGAAGAUACAUAUUUUAAAUGGUAGGAUUAUACAAAACAGCCAGUGCGGCAUCCCAAGUCAGUGUAUACUAGCAAUAUUUUUGAUGUAAAAAUAAUUCUCAUGUCACAGCCACAAAGAAAAUGAACUAGUCUUCUGAAACAGCUCGAGUCAUCGUAGGUAUUAAAAUACUGUAAGUAAAUAGUUUAUUCUCUGUAUAUAAAUGAAUACUGUACCAUAUGAAUAUAUUUGUUUUCUUUUUGUGAUAUGUACAAACAAAUUGGCAAGUAUUAACAAUUUUGAAAAAAAAACUAGUCUUCUAUUUUGUAACAUUGAAUGAACAAACAGUGCAAAAAUGCUAUAUGCAACUAUUGAGUAUUUUUCUUGUUUUCUCUUAAUUUAAGUUAUUUUAAACAUAAAAAGCAAAAGCAAAUAUUCGUACAUACAAAGACUGUGAUAGUUAACGACACUUGUUAAAAUUUUGUUCUCGCAACAGUUUUUAUUGCAAUCGUCUACAACUAUUGAGAAAAAACUAUGUUUUACAAAAAAAAGGAAAAAGAUCCAACAUCUUUACACGUAAGAAAAGAUCUAUGCUUUUACCUGUACAUAAUUAUUUACACAUUCAAACAUACUCAGACCUAAGUGUAGUAAAGUAAACCAAUAUCGAAAUAAGAAUAACAAUUAAAGUCAAACAAAAAUGAGCAAUCUGUAUGGGUGUGUUGUUGAUAUCAAUGUCAAAAACCGAGCGUCGUCACACGAUAGAUAGCAAUUCUGGGGGAGGGAGAAUCUCGCCUGUUUGUAAAUAAAUUCCUGUAAGGCAAGUACCGACAUACCGGAAAACACUUGAACCUAUUCCCGAUGCCGAAUUUAUCAGAUUGAUUGUGACUAAAUUAUGUGUGAAGUUCAUACAAACUCAACUGCAGAAAAAUAUCAAAUAUUGAGUGAAAACAAAAUAAUCAUCAGUGGCUGGUACUAGAACGAAAUAUAAUUGAAAUUUGUAUAAUUGGAUGUCUAUUUUCUUCCCCUGUCUACCAGUUUGUAUCGUUCGUACCCAUUCGAGGUUCGGUAAGCAGCAAACGAGUAAUAAAAAAUUAAAUAUCUCCAAUCAACAAACAAGACAUGGGGCAAAGAACAAGUAUCAGAUAUACAAAUGUUUAAAAAUUAAAGUCUUAUAUUCAAUUAUAAAUGUGUAAAUGGCGUGUGACAAAAAAAAGUAAUGCAAAUCCCAACUGAGAACUAAAACAGUCUUCAUUGUACAUGAAAAAUAUAAUAAUUUAAACUAAAAUUGCUAAUAAA